UCCGGUCAUGAGGAAAAUCCUGCAAGCAUCAAGUCUGCAACUAUUAUUCGAAACUUUUUGUUUUUAAUUUCUACACCCUGUCAUUUUCCAUAUCCACAAAAUUUGACAGCCUAAACUCUGCCAUCUCACUGUUCUCUCCCUCUUCCACAGCUUCUAGUUUCCCUCGUCUUGCUAGCUGAGCUGUGCACUCUUAGUUGCGUUUCACCAAGAUCAACUCUCCCACCGUCACAAAACUUCAAAAAGCCUCAUCUUUACCUAUUCGAGUUACUCUUUAAAAGGCAUCCCAAUAGAUUAGAAGGUGUGAAAAACAGAGCAAGUGAUCCAAGAAAGAAAAAGGAGGAAAACAGAGCAAGUCCAAAAACAGGGGAAUCCAGAAAAACAGAGGAGAACGAGGAUGGGUAGUCGGCUAAUGAUGUCAGCGGUGGUCUUCAUCAUCAUCUUCUUCUUCAGCUCAAUCCACGGAAUCAAAGCCGACGAAGACGACGACAGCAUGUCUCCGGUGGGAUCCCCGCCGAUUAAAUUGAAGCCGAAGGCGGGCGUCGCGUGCAACAAGACCAAUUACACGACCGUGUACCCGACCGACAGUUACGUGAGGCACGUGCUGGAAGAGCUCGGCGACGAGGUCAGCAAGAGCAAAAGUUACGCAAAGGUUAUCAAAUUUCCCGAAAUUGACCACCCAAUCAUGUCCGGUCAAGGUGCCUGCAUGAAGAAUGUGUCGAAGGCGGUUUGCGCCAAGUGUCUCAAGGAUGGGGCGAAGAAGGUCCUCGAAAAAUGUCCGCGGCGGGUGGGAGCUCAGUUCAAUGCCACGGCGUGUCAAUUAAGGUACGACGUUUAUUAGGGUUGCUGUAAUGAGGAUGGAUCAUCGGCGGCGCGGAGGCGAUUUUUGCGGUUGAUAAUGUUAUCUUUGCUUGAUGAACUCUACUACUCUGCGCUUAGAUAACUUCUUUCUCAUGUUUAUUUUGCUCUUUGUAUUUUGACUAUCGGAACGAUUCCAGCAUUUCCAAUGCUUAUCGGUGAUGCAGUGUUGUGUUGCUGCAUUCCAGCUCCAUUUAAAGUGUGUUUCUACUUGUGGAUAGACUUGGGAUGGGUUCGGUUAGUUUGACUACCCUAAAGGGUAGUGAUUUUCGACACCCACUUUGUUUACUGUCCAUUUUAGAUAGUCUUAAUCUAAUGGUCAUUGCAAACAGUUGGUGAUUGGUAAUUAAUUCAGUAAUUAAUUACAUCGAAAAAGAGAAAGAAGUAAACAGUGGGUUCCUUCCCCCACUCAUAAUUAUUCAUUCCCCCUUAUCUUUUUUUAAUUUCACCGUUUCAGUUUCCUUCCCCUUCUAUAUCUCUGGCUUCAGAACCCGCAAACAACCCUUCGCCGCCGACUCAUCAAAUCACUACCCCCGCCGUAAACCAUCCCUCAUCUCCUUCACAAACAGCGGUCGGCCCAUCCCUCACGUCGGAAGUCGUCUGUCUUUCGUCCCGAACCAUCGACUUCAGAACCCGCCCGCAACCCUUCGCCGCCGACUCAUCAAAUCACUACCCCCGCCGUAAACCAUCAUCUCCUUCACAAAAAGCGGUCGGCUCAUCCCUCCCAUCGGAAGUCGUCUGUCUUUCCUCCCGAACCAUUGACUUCGAACCCGCUUGAUCGAUUCCCGUCGACGAUAGUCUAGCAGCGACAGAGGCUAUAUAAGCCGAUAGGGGCGCCGGCGUGAUUUUCCGCUUCCAUUCAUCCUAAAGUGAGGCAAGUAUACUUGAACGAUAACAAUUCACGUCACGAAUGCUUUUAUUCUUGUCGUCUCUUUCAAUACGGUAUUGCACGAAAAUUGUAGAUUUUUUUGGGCAGUGGUAGUUCAAGUAGUGGUAGUUCUAUCACUGUAGUGGUAGGUAUAUCACUCUAGUGGUAGAUGUAUAACUAUAGUGGUAUAUCUAUCAUUAUAGUGGUAAAUCCUUCACAUGCAGUGGUAGAUUUAUCCCUGAAGUGGUUCAAAUAUCACUAAAGUGGUAGUUAGUUG